AUGUCGGACGCGGAGGAGGCGGUGGACAAGUCCGAGGGGGAGCAGGAAGAACAGGAGGAGGACGUGGCAGAAGAGGCUGGAGGCGGGACGGACGCAGAGGAGACCAACACGGAAGAAGGCGGAGAAGACGAAGAUAAAGAGGCUGAAGAUGGCCCAGUGGAGGAGUCCAAGCCCAAGCCCAGGCCGUUCAUGCCCAACCUGGUGCCGCCCAAGAUCCCCGACGGGGAGAGAGUGGACUUUGACGACAUCCACCGGAAGCGCAUGGAGAAGGACCUGACCGAGCUGCAGACGCUGAUUGAGGCGCAUUUCGAGAACCGCAAGAAAGAGGAACAGGAGCUGGUCUCCCUCAAAGACAGGAUCGAGGAACGGCGGGCGGAACGGGCGGAGCAGCAGCGCAUCCGGGCGCAGCGAGACAGAGAGCGGCAGAGCCGCCUGGCCGAGGAGAGGGCGCGCCGAGAGGAGGAGCAGAGCCGGAGGAAGGCGGCGGAGGAGGCCCGGAGGCAGAAGGCUCUGUCGGACAUGAUGCAUUUUGGCGGCUACAUCCAGAAGGCCCAGACGGAGCGUAAAAAUGGGAAGAGGCAGACGGAGCGCGAGAAGAAGAAGCAGACCUUGGCCGAGAGGAGGAGGGCGCUGGCCCUCGAGCACCUGAGCGCCGAGCAGCUGAGGGAGAGGGCCACGGAGCUGCGGCAGAGCAUCUACGACCUGGAAGCGGAGAAGUUCGACCUGCAGGAGAAGUUCAAGCAGCAGAAAUACGAGAUCAACGUUCUCCGCAACAGGAUCAACGACAACCAGAAAGUCUCUAAGACCCGUGGGAAGGCCAAGGUCACCGGGCGCUGGAAGUAG